ACCAAAAUUCAUUUGAGAGAGAGAGAGAGAGAGAGAGAGAGUUCUGUUGCACUCAUACAAUGGCUCACAAUGUUUUGCUUCUCUUUCUCUCUUCCUUUAUUUUGAGCUUCAAUUUCUUGGAGGCUCAGAUGGUUCCAGCCGUAUUUGUGUUUGGGGAUUCUCUUGUAGAUGUUGGAAACAACAACCACCUAAAGCUUUCUCUUGCCAAAGCUGAUUUUCCACACAACGGUGUCGACUUUCCCACCAAAAAACCAACUGGAAGGUUUACUAAUGGCAAGAAUGCUGCGGAUUUCCUUGCUGAGAAAGUGGGUCUGCCAACUUCACCACCAUAUCUAUCAUUGGCAUCAAACAAUGGAUCAUUUUUAACUGGUGUUAGCUUUGCAUCUGGAGGUGCUGGAAUCUUUGAUGGCACAGAUGAACGAUAUCGCCAGUCACUUCCUUUGACCAAACAAGUCGACUACUAUUCAACAGUGAUUGAAAAGUUGAAUCAACAGCUAGGAUCCUCUGGUGCACAAAAGCUUUUAUCCAAAUCUCUUAUUGCCGUUGUCAUUGGAAGCAAUGAUAUCUUCGGCUACUUCGACUCUUCUGCUCUUCGCAAGAAGAACACACCACAACAGUACGUGGACUUGAUGGCUACCACACUAAAAGUUCAGUUACAGCGUAUAUACAAUGGUGGUGCACGCAAAUUUGUGAUUACUGGGAUUGGGCCAAUCGGCUGCUGCCCUUCACUAAGGAAUAAGAACAAAACGGAUGAAUGCAGUGAAGAAACAAACUACUGGUCUGCCAAAUACAAUGAAGGCCUUAAGUCAAUGUUGCAGAAAUUGAAAUCAGAGUUCAAGGACAUUAACUACUCCUACUUUGAUACAUACAGUGUCUUGCUAAGCCUCAUUCAGAAUCCAACAGCUUAUGGAUUUGCAGAGGUUAAAGCCGCAUGCUGCGGGCUAGGGAAUCUUAAUGCCAAGGUUGCUUGCGUGCCGAUUGCAAAAUAUUGCUCCAACAGAAGAGAUCAUGUCUUUUGGGAUUUAUACCAUCCUACAGAGGCAGCUCAUCGCAUCCUUCUAGAUGACAUUUUUAAUGGUUCUUCACAAUACACAUUCCCCAUGAAUGUGAAACAGCUAAUUGCAGUUUAGGCUCAGCAACCCGGAAAGCCCCUACAUAAUGCUACAUUCAUGAUGCAGAAGUGUGAGAUUCUCACAGGGGCCUAAAUUAUCAAAGAGCAAUAUAGAAUUCAUCAGGUGUUGAAGCCAUUUGGCUGCAAGAAAGCUACAACUUAUUACGUAGCCUAGUAGAAAAAAGAAAUCUGGAAAAAAAAAAUUUUUGAGGGCUUAGGUCUUUUGAUACAUAUUUCAAGGAUACAACUGUAGCCAAAAUAAAAAAUUUAUACAUUAUGCAAUAGUAGGGGCAAUGGCAUGCAUUAUGCAUAUCCUCUGUUCCUCUUA